GUCGUUGACAAUGACAUAAGUCAGCCGUGUUGCCCUUGAAUAACAUGGAACUUAACCUUCUUCAGUGUAUAUAUUUUGUGGAGAAAAUGUGAUGAUAAUUUCUGGGUUUUUUUGUCCAAAAUGUCGGAUGACGUAGUUGUGAUUAAAGCAAAACGAGAGAGGAAAGUUUUCAAGGCAACAAGAGUUACAAAGAUUCCGGAGUCGAUACUAAACAACCCUAAACUUCAAGCAGCAGCAGAAGCUUUACCAAAAAACUAUAAUUUUGAAAUACCCAAGACCAUAUGGAAAAUUCAGGAGGUGAAAGCAAAAACUGUAGCUCUUCAAAUGCCAGAAGGAUUACUUUUAUUUUCCAGUACAAUCGCAGAUAUCAUCAAAGAGUUCACUGGGGCAGAAGUUGUGAUUAUGGGCGACGUGACUUAUGGAGCAUGUUGUGUAGAUGAUUUAACAGCAAGGGCUUUAGGAGUAGAAUUGUUGAUCCAUUAUGGACAUAGUUGCUUGGUUCCAAUAGAUCAGACAAGUGGUAUCAGAGUACUCUACAUAUUUGUUGAUAUCAAAAUAGACCCAUUGCAUUUUAUUGAUACUGUAAAGUAUAAUUUCAGUGCAAGUGAAAAACUAGCUCUUGUGAGUACUAUACAGUUUGUAACCACUUUACAAGCUGCAGCAGUAAAUUUGAGAGAAAAUGGGUAUAGUGUGACUAUUCCCCAAAUCAAGCCACUAUCACCUGGAGAAAUUUUGGGAUGUACUGCACCUGUAAUAAAAUGUGCUGAUGUAGUGAUUUACUUAGGAGAUGGGCAGUUUCAUUUGGAGGCUGCUAUGAUUGCCAAUCCUAACUUAAAAGCAUACAAAUAUGAUCCUUACACAAAAAAAUUUACAAAAGAAAACUAUAAACAUAAAGAAAUGAAGAUGAUUAGAAAAGAGAUGAUAGAUAAGUCAUCAACUGCUAAAACGUUUGGUGUUAUAAUGGGUACAUUAGGGAGACAAGGAAACCCAAAAGUAGUCAAUUAUUUGAAGGAUCAAUUGACAGAAAGUGGCAGGGAAGUGGUUGUUAUACUACUCUCUGAAAUAUUUCCUGACAAACUAGAACUUUUCAAAGGAGUUGAUGCAUUUGUGCAAGUGGCAUGCCCACGCUUAUCAAUAGAUUGGGGUAAAUCAUUUUCCAAGCCCCUCUUAACGCCAUAUGAAACUGCUGUGCUUCUUAACAAACAGACGCUUUCUUCUGAUUCAAAUUACCCUAUGGACUUUUAUGCGAAUGCAAGCUUAGGACCGUGGACACCAAAUCAUAAACCUGAGGCUGACAACAAGUGCUGUGGAAAAUGUCCUUGAUAAAAAUGUACAUAGCCAACUGAAAUUAGGUACAUAAUAAUAUUUUUAAUGAUCAUGUGUUUUUAUUCUCAACUACAAUACAUGGCAAGUUUAUUCUCAAUAGUUUUUUAGGAUUAAUUAUCGUUUUUUUGGGCAGUUUUAAGUGUGUCUGA